AGAUCCUCGACUGUGGGAGGCUCUGCAUAUCGAGUCCUGGGCCGGAUGGCUUCGAAAAGAGUUCAAAAUCAAGUCAGCGAUAGAUACGAAAUCUUUGCCGGAUACAGGCUGCGACCUCUGCGCCAUGAGUCGCCGGGCCCUGCAGCGCGCUGUGGGGAAGCGGGUGGGCCGGUUGAUGGCGCAGCACUUGGACAUCUGCCUCGAGAGAUUCGGCGCUCACCUGCCCACGCAAGACCGGGACGGGAACACCACGCUGGAGGAGGAGGAGAGCGACGAGGAGGAGGAUGACGACGAUGAUGAUGUCGACCCAUACGAGCUCCUCGGCCCCCGCUCGUCCCGCCUCGCCGCCCAGGGCUCGGGGCAGAUCCAGCUGUGGCAGUUCCUCCUGGAGCUGCUGUCAGACCCCGCCAACGCCGCCGUCAUCACCUGGGAGGGCACCGCCGGCGAGUUCAAGAUCCUGGACCCUGACGAAGUGGCGCGGCGCUGGGGGGAGAGGAAGUCCAAACCUAACAUGAACUACGAUAAGCUCUCCCGCGCCCUCAGGUACUACUACGACAAGAACAUCAUGACGAAGGUGCACGGCAAGCGCUACGCCUACAAGUUCGACUUCCGCGGCCUGGACCAGGUGCGGCAGCAGCAGAGCGCAGAGGCGCAGCGCUACCCGCCCGACCUCAGCUUCCUCACGGGCUACUCGCACCUGCUGGGGGGGACGUCGCCCCUGGCCGGCGGGCCCCUGGCGUCGCCCUCCGCCCCGCCGCCGCCGCCGCUGCUCUCGCCGCCCCCGUACUGGGCGGCAGUGUCCUCGGCGGCGGCGCUGGCCACCACCUCGCCGCUGGCCACCUCCUCCCCUCUGGCCACCUCCUCGCCGCUGGCCAGCUCGCCGCCCCUCGGCCUGCACGCGGCGCCGCUGCCCUCGCCGCUCGGGUCGCCGCCCGCGGACGUCGCCGUCACCACCACGACCGCCCGGACCUUGCCCCACUACCCGUACUCGUCGUGAGCGCCGCGCGGGGAGUGGGGAGGCCCAGGACGCUUCCCCGAGGCUUCAGAAGGGCAGAGUCGAGGUGCAGAAGCGAUGGUCUCGUUCACAUACACCUACGCGCCUGCGGGAGGACCCAGAGGGGCUCCGACAAGGCACUGCUCGUACGUCGUGUAUAGUAAUACAUUCCUGCUUUUCAGUGGAUGUGAACGAAGCAGCGGCCCAGCUCACUCCAGGCGGUCUCUACCAAACCUGCUUUUUGUCGCGUGAAUUAGUUCUGAACUGAGUAUCUCUAACUACCCUUUCAUCCUUAGAAUGUUUACUAGUUAAGGUCUUCAAGAGUGGGGAAAGGAAUCGACGUUAAAAAAAAAAAAAAAAAAAAAAAAAAAAACAUCGUUUGGUAAAUCACAUACGUGUUCCUACUUCCCUUGUUCCUCGACUUAGAGUAAAAUGGAGAUGGAGAUUUAGGUUUAAAAGAGAGUAAUGUGUGGCUAAGCAUCGGAAAACCACCAGCCAGAAACCCCAUUAACUAGGUCCUUCGAUUACUUGAAAAAUAACGGAUUAUUCAUUUUUUUGUUUAAUAGGAGAAAUGAAGGAAGGUAGAAAAUUAGGGAAAUAAAGAGAAAAAAAUACUUUUUUCAUGGGAGAAUUGAAGGAAGAAAAAGGAAAACACAAAGAAAAUUAAGAAACAAAUACUCAUUUUUUUUAAAUAGGAGAAUUGGAAGAAGGAAAAGGAAAAGAAAGAGAGAGAAAAUAUGAUAAACUAUAUAUUAAGUUUCCUCGGGUCACGAAUUAUCUAUAGCUACACAUUUAAUCAAAAUGUUUUUUUUUUUUUUACUAUCUGUAGUUGUAGUAGUAGAUGUUGAAGGCAAAUAUUACAGUUGAAAAAUGAAUCAAACAAAGGAAAAAAUUAUAUGAAAAGAGAGUAGGUAUGACCUAUUUUUUAUCAAACUUAUAUUCAGUGUGCCAAAAUCUCUCCCUAAGUAUGCAUAAAAAGCAGAAUAUAUUUUCCAUAAUUCGACAGUUCUAUUUGAAACAUGUGAUUAUAUAAAAGACAUUUUCUUUUCAUAUUCGAAAAAAUAUAUAUUCAAAAGACA